AUGUUUAAUAAAGACGAGACGAUGAUGACAAAUGACAAUAAUCAUCCUGUGCCUUUAUCAGAAGUGGGGUCUGAAGGGCUUACUUCAGAGGAUAACACGCAUACCAGAUCUUCAGCACCGACACCAGAGCAAAGCCUGUCACAACAAAUGCAAUUGUUUUAUCACGGAUGUUGGCAUUACAACAGCCGCAACUGGCUAACAGCGCGUCUAUCCAGUUGGUUGACUUUAACCCUGACGCCAAGGAAGCAGACAUUGAAGGCAUCGCAGAUGACUUGGCCGCAAAUAAAGGAACUGUUGCUCGCAAAGUUUGCCAAACCUAUGAUGCUACAAGACCAUUUCGAUUUAAUUAUACGUUUUCAAGUUGGCGCUAAGGAAACUGCGACAGAGGCUGCUAUACGCCUUUGGAACAUCAUUAGACGAAUUCCGCGGACGGAAAUGCUUGAAGACAUUACUACGGGAUUUGUAUCGAUUCAAUUACAUCACACAAGUAAUGACUCAUUAGCAGUCCAAUAUGGUGAGGAAGUGUCACUAGAAAGUACACCAUUGAAUACUGAUAGCAAUUCUUGGAUGCCAGUAGAUAAUAAUAACGACCCAUUGUCUUCGAAUAAUACAGUACACUCGUGUCAACAAGAUAAUGACAAGGAAUACCAAUCAUUGACAGACAUCCACCAAAACGGUAAAAGAAAAGAAUGGAAAGGAAAAGGACAAGGAAAAAAGACUAAAGUACAGAAAAAGGGUCCUGAAAAGGCAAAGCGCCAAGUAUUACAAGAAUUACAACAGAAUGAAACUUCUGUAUCGGAUGUUGGCACUGAUGAUUUAUGCCAGGACGAUGAGAAUGAUGACGCAGAAGAUGCUGGAAACAGAUGCCUAGUAUGUAACGAAUUUGGGAGAAACAACGAGAUGUGGUACAGGUGUACCUCGUGUGGACUAUGGGCUCACGCGGAGUGCACUGGAUGGGAGUCAGCUGAUGGUUAUGUUUGCGAUGAGUGUUAG